CGCGCACCACCGCUCGUCUUGGCCUCGCCGUGAGGAUCGCUCGCGCCGCGUCUCCCCUUCCGUGCGCUUUUCUUUUCUUCUUUUCGUUUUUCUCGUUCCCGGAACCAUUCGAACCCCCGCACGCGCGUUCCUCCCAGCUCGCCAUGCGAUGGAUAUUCUCUGGCAAUACCAGUUCAGGAUUAUUCUGCUCGGCGACUCCACGGUCGGCAAAUCGUCUCUGCUUAAACGCUUCACGGACGGCGUGUACAGCGACGUGGCGGACCCGACGGUCGGGGUAGAUUUCUAUGCACGCGCGCUCGAUAUAGAACCGGGGGUGAAGAUUAAACUGCAGCUCUGGGACACCGCCGGGCAGGAAAGAUUCAGGUCCAUUACAACUUCCUACUACCGCAACUCAGUUGGUGGGCUCCUGGUGUUCGACCUGACCAAUCGUAAGAGCUUCGAACACGUGCGGGAAUGGCACCGUGAAGUCACUGAGCACAUUAUGCCCCACCACAUGGUCUACAUCUUGAUCGGCCACAAGAGUGACCUAAUCCGGGAGCGCAAAGUACGCCGUGAUGAGGCUGAGCAGCUGGCGGCUGAGUUGGGUUUGCGCUAUGUGGAGACGUCAGCCAAGUCCAACAGCAAUGUAGAGCGUGCCUUUGAGCUGCUGGCACGUGACAUCUAUGAGCUCAUGAAGAUGGGUGAGAUCUCGGCACGUGACGGCUGGGACGGCGUCAAAAGCGGCCUCACAGCUAAAGUCCUCUACCCGGCUGAGGAAGAGGCAGCGAGAGAGAAGAGCUGCAACUGCUGACUUCACCUUUAACCUCUCACUUGUGUGUCAGUCAGUUGUCCUUGCUGAGUUCACGCUUUCACUUCCUGUCUUGCAAGUCAAGCUCAGUGCUUGUCCCUGCAUUUGUUUCGUCUGUACCCAUCUUUAGACAUGUCGGUCUAUGAAGAAGCGCUGAUAGAAAAAAAAUGGCCUUCUUCCUUUUGGAUAGGCUUCAUGUUGGAUUAUUAUACGCUUGGAUGGACAGAACAAGGUUCUAAGCAAGAGCAGUAAGAGCAGAAAAGCACUUGGAGACAUCACUGGUUGAAGGAGGUGGCAGCGGACUUCUCUUUUCCCCUGUAUUAUUGUAGUUUUUGUCAGACAGGGUUAAAUCACUGAAGAGGAAUGUAGUGUACCUUCUCUUUGCGGAAUGACGUACGCUACCUGCGUCACCUAUUCAACCAAUGUUAUACUUUUACUUUUUCAUUUGAUGCAAACAAUUUCACAUAUUUUCACAUGAACUCACAAAUGCUAAACAAGAUCCACAUGAACAUGGUACAGUAGGUUAUGUAAUUUGUUUAAUCAUGCGGUUAUUAUGUAAAUGAAUCAUGCAAAAUCAGCUGUGGGAAAACAGUUAAACUGAGUGUCAAUUCUGGGAAAACAGAGUAGGCUGAGAGACUGAAACUCCCAGGUGGUGUCUCGGUCUGUAUGCUACUACGUCUGUCAUUAUUAGUAGCUGAAAUGUUAGCAAGUCCAUGUGCCAAAAUUCUGGCACUGUAUCAUCAUGUAGACUUUACUUGGUUAUCUAACUUAUCAUCAAACUGAAAUCAUCCCUUACUCUUAAAUCUAGUGUCUAACGCAAAAAGAGAAGAAAAUCUGAGUGCCAAUAUACAUGGCAAUAUACACUUACGGCAUGAACAUUACUGUACCCUGUCAGAAAAGCCACUUCUACAAGCUUCUUCUUAGUGCAUCAGUAAGCAGAAAGUGAAUACACAGCCACAUUCAGCUCUAGAAGUGCCAAACUCUUAACAAUAUAAGGGGAGUUAUUUAUUUUUCUUUCAUUAUAAUAAUUUUUUAUUCAUAGUGUAUGAAAUCCUGCUCUACGUUAGUAUGGAUUAUAGAUAUAUCUAUACUGUAUGUGUCUAUUAAGGUCUUUCAUCUAGGGCAUUUUGAUUGUCUGGUAUUAGUAGUAAUUAUAAUUAUACUUGAGUUAUAAAUCAUGGUUCUACUUGUCUGAGAGUUAGUAUACUGUAUAAUCACAUACAGUAGGAGGUAAAUCUUAGCUUUAAGGUUUUAGCUUGAUCACUAACACUGCAGUUAAUAUGAAACCCAACUGAAUAAAACUCACUUUUAAAAACUCACUGUUAAUUCAUUAAAUACAGUUACAUGCCUUUUCGAUUCCUCUACAAGGAAAUUCAGAUGCAAGCUAGAAAGUUAGCAAACUAGCUAGUGAUGUUAACUAGCCUAAUAGGGUAGCUAACUCAAUACAGGAUAAAUCCUUUUUUAAAUUUUUUAUUGUAUUAUUAUUAUUUGUUAUUUUAUUAUUAUUAUUAUUGUUAUU